GUGAGACGCGUGAACAGAUACUCGAGGAAAUUAAAAUUCAAGGCGAUUUGGUUAGAAAACUAAAAGCGGCCAAGGAAACCAAAGAAAAGGUUUAAACAAAUCGGUGCGUGCUCUUAAAUUAUCUCAAAAUAAUUUCAAUAAAUGAUUGAUUAAGAAAAAAACGAGCUUUUAGUAAACAAAUAAAAAAAUCUGUAAAACGUUAGAAUCGUUAUUAAAUCGAAAGAAGAAAAAAAAUGUUGCGUUCGAUUGGCCGUCAAAUUGUAUAUUUUAUUGGACAUGCAAGAAGUCGGCCUAAAAAUAAUUGGCCCGCAUUUACGUGUACAACAGUCAGCGGCGAGCGUAGAUUCGGGUUCGCAGAUCAGCAACAGUGUCGUCACUGUGCCACCAGCCACAAGGUGGGGCAGUUAGAAAGUGCUUCAACAAAAGAAAAUUCGUAUAGAAAAAAGAAAAGCCACACAAUCAACAGCAAUAAUGAGACUGAUGAUGAGGCAUCUCUGCUAGCACAACAACUGGCACAGAUCGAUGAAGAGGUCGCACGUUUACUGGCCUUGAAGGCGAAACUCGGCGACGGACCAGCAACGCCACAAAAGUUUACUCUGAAAACACCAAAGGGAACGCGCGACUACUCGCCGCAGCAGAUGAUGCUGCGGCAAGGUGUGUUGGAUAAGAUCGUGGCCGUUUUCAAGAAACAUGGUGGCGAAGCGAUUGAUACGCCCGUAUUUGAGUUGAAGGAGGUUCUUACUGGCAAGUAUGGCGAAGAUUCCAAGUUAAUUUACGAUCUUAAAGAUCAGGGUGGUGAGAUUCUGUCGCUGCGUUAUGAUUUAACGGUACCGCUCGCACGUUACCUAGCUAUGAGCAAAAUUUCCAGCUUAAAGCGUUACCAUAUCGCCAAGGUAUAUAGGCGUGAUAAUCCUGCUAUGACUCGUGGCCGUUAUCGUGAGUUCUAUCAAUGUGAUUUCGAUAUUGCCGGGACAUUUGAUCCCAUGUUGCCCGAUGCUGAAUGUGUAAAAAUUGUUGCCGAGGUGCUGGACACACUGGACAUUGGCGAGUACGUAAUUAAAAUCAAUCAUAGACAAUUGUUGGAUGGAAUGUUCGAGGCCUGCGGUGUGCCUGCCGAUAAGUUCCGUAUAAUUUGCUCGGCAGUUGAUAAGUUAGAUAAGUCGCCAUGGGCAGAAGUACGGAAGGAAAUGAUCGAUGAGAAAGGAUUGGAUCCCGCUGUUGCUGAUAAAAUUGGUGAAUAUGUGCGUCAAAGUGGAGGCACCGAACUCGUGGAACAGCUACUGGCCGACGAAAAAUUGAAAGUAGUUCCCAGUGCUCUUAAAGGCUUGGAAGGCAUGCAGUUGUUACUCAAGUACUGCAAUGCCAUGGGACUGUCGCAGAAAAUAAGUUUCGAUUUAAGUCUUGCACGCGGCCUCGACUACUAUACAGGUGUCAUUUAUGAAUGUGUGUUAAAAGCUGAACCGAAAAUAACACAGAAUGGCGCUGAUGCUACAGAGGAGCAAGGCACUGUCGGUUCAGUUGCUGGUGGUGGUCGUUACGAUAAUCUCGUUGGCAUGUUCGAUCCCAAAGGCAAGCAGGUGCCCUGCGUUGGUGUUUCUAUUGGAGUGGAACGUAUUUUUUCGGUAUUAGAAGCCAGAAAUGCUGCAACUGGUGUGAAGACUCGUACUAACGAAGUGGAGGUAUAUGUGGCCUCUGCACACAAAGGCUUGCACGAAAAGCGCUUGAGUGUUUUAAACUCGCUGUGGGACCAGGGCAUUAAGGCCGAACACUCAUACAAACUGAAUCCUAAGUUACUGGCGCAGUUGCAAUACUGUGAAGAAAAUCAAAUACCAUUGGCUAUUGUGUUCGGUGAUUCGGAAUUGGCAAAAGGCGUUGUGAAGCUACGUGAGGUGGAUACUCGGAAAGAGGAGGAGGUACAAUUGACUGAGUUGGGAAAUGAGAUAAAGAAACGUUUGCGCAGUUAAAUUAACUUGGCUAUUAGUGUGAUUACUAUAAGGCAGGCUUACGAUAGAUUCAAUUAUUUAUUUAUCACAAACUAAAACAAUUCAAAAUGAUAUCAAAUAAUAAACACUGUGAAAGAGGAAACUUAUCCAAAUAACGAAUACGAUUACAAAGUGAUUAAAUAAAAACGCAUUUACUGGGCAAAAAAAGAAAAAAACUGAAGU